AUGACAAGAAGUAAUCCAACUAUUCCUAUUUCUAUAAAGUUAAGUAUGCAAUAUGCUUAAGUAACUUUAUAAAGGGUACCACAAUCACUAGAAUUGGUUACUUAGAGUCCAAUGAAGCAAACAAAUAAACCAGUUUAAACAAACGAGCUCAAAUAUGUUGAUAAAUAAUAUAUUAAUAAUAAUAUACAUUAAAGACAGCUUUCAUCCCUUAGCUUAUCUACAAAUAUAUAGCUUAAAUACAAAAGAAAAAGCAAACCUGAAGAAACAAAACAAAGUAUACUUGCAGUAAGAGCCCACUUUUUAAGACUGUCAUUUUAACAAUAAUCGCUUUUAUCUUCAUUGUUUUAAGCUAUAAAAAACAGAAUACCAAAUGUUAAAUUCACAGAUAGUAACAUAAUAAAUGUUAAAAAUAUGCAAAUAGCCUUAUAAAAAGCAUGA